AAGAAGUAGGAAGAAAAAUGAAUGCAAAUGAAAAACGACGGAAUAUUUGUUCAAAAUGUAUUAUUGUUACAGGGAUUCAUUCGAAAACACCAUUCGACCAAAUUCAACCAAUUUUCCCAGAGAGUAGAUGCGGAGAACCUCUUAUCUCUGCAGGACUAAGUUUGUCCGAUAACCGAUCUUGGAUAUUGAAUUUUCCUACAAAUAAAGAUGCCAGAAGUUACAUAGAUCAGAAAUCUGUAAACUGUUCGGAGGGACACCUUGUGAUCAGCCCAUGUGACUGUCCUUGUGACAUACCUGAAGAAUGGAUUCUUGAGGAUAGUGAUUCAGUGCCUUCCUGUGAAGAUGUGAAUGUUCAAGGACGACCGACACCAAGUGGAGGUUUUAUACCGGCUGAACAUUUGUUACAACAAUUAACUAACAUGGGUUUCUCUAAAGACGAUUCAAUUAAGGGACUGUUUCACACAGGAAACAGAGAUGCACACGUGGCCACCGAUUGGAUAAUUAACUAUAAAGAUAAAGGUGCUGGACUACCGUAUCCAAUGAUACAGAAUCCUGUUUUACCUUAUCAGUAUGCACCUAAUUUUCCUCCGGUUCCUAUGUUAGAUCCUAGAUACAUUCCACAAGGGGUUGUUUUUCCUCCAAGAGCUCAGUUUCCUGGUUAUCCAAUUGAAUAUCAUCAGAACGUGCGGAUGCAGACACCAGCAUAUCAAAUACCUACAGUAAUGAGACAACAAUCAGUUGAAAAUCCAUCUGUCAGCAAAGAUUCGGCUGUUAAGGUAACUGCACAUCGACAACAAGACUCUCCUGAAAUCAUUUACCGUCGACAGAAAUCACAACAAACAAAUAUAGUUCAGAAUAUAGUACAAAAGGAAAUACCAGAAAAAUCAAAAGCAAUAAAGGUGACAAAACUUCCAUUGAAAACAACAGAGGAAAAUUUAAGACUAUUCUUCGAGAAUGAACGGCGAUCUGGUGGAGGGGACGUAGAUGAUGUAACCUAUGAUUCCCAUAAUGCAUCAGCUGUUGUUACCUUUGUAGAAGACAAUGUCGUCGAAACCAUUUUGGCAAGAUCCCCUCUCCAGUUUUUGAAAGCAGACAUUGGUGUUGAAAUUUACAAGCCUGUGGAUUCGCGUAAAGUGCAGGUAGAUUCCAGAAAAGACUUGAAUCAGGAACACUGUUUAUCUAAAGAUAUUUCCAGCUGUGUGGUAGAAGUCCGCGGAGUGAAAACAUCGACUCAAAAGAUGGCUUUACAAUAUUAUUUUGAGGGCAAACAUGGAGCUGAUGAAGACAUCAUAGAUAUCGAUUUUGAUGAAGAAAAGAACAUUUACCUGUUAACUUUCGAAUCAGAGUCCGCUGUAGACAAAAUAGUUGGAAAAACACAUACAAUAGAUAAAGCCUUAUUAGACGUAAGAAAAUAUGUCCCUCCUGACAGAUAUCCGAACAAAGUUUUAGUUAAAGAUAUAAAGUCUACAGUAACUAAGGAAGUGUUGAUAAAUUACAUGGAAGGAAGAACAAAGUUAGAUGUGGACGAUGUCAACUUUAGUGAAAGUGAUCCUUCUACUGCUGUUGUAACAUUCUGCGAAGAUAUUCAGAUCGACAAAAUUCAGCAAGCGUGUGAGAAGAAAUCUUUGGAGAAAGUUAACUUACAAAUUAAACCAGUUAUUGUUAGUAACUGUAUAAUAGUUAGUGAGUUUAGCGAGAAGACAACAGACGAUUCGCUAGAGUACUAUUUUGACAAUAUAAGGAAGUCUGGUGUUGAAGGGGUUGCAAAUGUACAAAUGGAAAACGAUUAUUGUUUGGUUUACUUCGAGGAUCCAAAUGAUGCAGAAGCUGCAUGUCGGAGAUCACACAUAAUCGACAACUGUCUACUAAAAGUUGGAAUGUUUUAUGAGUGUUUAGGACCUCCAUUGUCGGAUGCUAAGGAGGAGGAUAUUGAACCUGUGGUAGAUUAUUUGGGCACUAAUAUACAGCCUAUCAUUCUCAGCAGUAUUAACCCUAACGUACUUCAAUUUCUAAUGAAUUCUAGAACUUCGCAAGACACUGUCAGUCGAGAAAUGAAUAACGUGAAUGCAAACAUUACAUGGCCUUCAUCAACGCUUGAACCAAUCAAACUAGAAUGUUUGCUUUCAAGAGAUAAUCCAGAUAUUAAACAGAUUGCAGAGACAUGGGAACAGGACGUACGAUUUAGUUUUGAACAGCUAAUUCGUGAUAUAACAGUACAAAGACAUUAUACAGUGAGAGAAAUAUGGAAGGGUGUUUUAGAUGAAAUGAAUGCACAACAAAUUAAGGAUACGGACAGUGCUAUCAUAUCAUUCAAUAUUGAAGCCUGUGAAAUUCAUGUUGUUGGUCAGAAAUCUUUUGUUUUACAAAUAUCAACAAAGAUUGAAAGAAUCCUUACAGAAAAGACCGAUGAAGUUAACAAAACGCGACAGCUCAUUUGUGCGGAUGUGCCAAUAGAACAAUUCCAGCAGUCCAUUCUGCAAGACAUAAACUUUUGGUCUGAUAUUGGAAAUAAAUACCCUGAACUUGAAAUAGACGUAUUAAUGACCAAACCGGUGGUAAAACUGAAAGGAAUGAUAAGUGAUAUUAACAUGGUGAAAAUAGAAAUGUAUGAAAAACUAGCAUGUGUUAAACAGCAUUGUAUUGGACAAGUAUCUCUAGAUUUUGUAAAAUUUCUAAGCCAGCCAGAAAUAGAGACAUUGAUUAAAAAUGAAAUUAUAGAUUGUGGGAUAAGUGGUAUUUGGGAACUUGAUGACAAUAGAAUAACUAUAUACUCAUUUACGGCAGAUGAUGCAACAACAAUAGAAAAGAUUUUCAAGAAUAAAAUCAUAUGUAUGAAAAUUCCUGUUGAGGAUCAAAAUAAAACAUUGUGCUAUUCUAAAGACUGGAAACAAUUUGUGGAAAAUAUUAAACAAGAAUAUCAAGAUCAAAAUGUUUUUAUUCAGAUAACUGCACAUAGCGGUAAGGAAAUUAUGCUUCUUUGUACAGGGCAGAUAGAAGCGAAAAGUAUUCGGGAAAGAAUACAAGAUUUCAUAUUUGAAAAUGGAAGAAGUGAGCAAGCUAUUCAUUUUUCAGCCCACCAGAUGAAGUUCAUUAAACAUCGUCAUCAGGAUAAAAUAGAUUUAGCUAAAAUGCAUCUUCAGGCAAAUAAUGUUGAUGUAGACUUUGACUCCGACUGCAUUGUGGUAAAAGGAAACAAAAAAGGUAAAAAAGCUGCAAUGGAUGAACUUGGUCCAAUAAUAAAAUUGAUGCAAUCACAAAUGAAGAAGGAAGAUGUAAGACCAAUGGUUCCAGGCGGUUUAGGUUUUGGUAGUGCUGUUGAGUCAUUCAUAACAGAAGAUGGCCAAUGUGUGAUGGUACUGUGUUGUGAUAUAUCUGGAUUAGAUGUGGAUGUUAUUGUAAGCCCCGCUGACCAGCAAUUAUCAAAUAGUGGUGGACUGUCUAAAAUCAUUGCUGACGAAGGUGGAACACAUAUACAGAGAGAGUGCAAAGAUUACCGACGUAGUCAUGGACUUUUGAAUGAAGGCGAUGUUUUCAGUACAAGUCCUGGAACACUUAAAUGUAAAAUGGUAGUACAUGCUGUUGGGCCUGUGUGGCAAAACCAACGGUCUAAUGCAAAAGUACUCAUGACAAAAUGCGUUUAUGCGAUUUUAAGUGAAGCAGACAGAAAACAUUUUAAGACGUUAGCCAUCCCAGCUCUUUCUACAGGAACAUCUAACUAUCCCAUUAAUGAAGCUGCUAACAUUAUAGCACUGGCGGUUGGAGGAUAUUUUAGAAAAAAUCCAGAUAGUUCUUUGAAAACUGUAUAUUUUUGCGACAUUGCAGCUAAAGUAGCGGAUAUUUUUGUCAACGUUGCUAGCAAAAUAUUCAAAAGCUCUGAUAAAAGACCAAUAUCAUCGAAAGGUCAUAAAGACGGUUAUACAGUUGCACAACAUAUACCACAGAUUCAAGUUGUUAUAAACGAUUUAGCCAAGAUGCAGGUUGAUGUCAUUGUAAAUACCACAAGUCAAGAUUUACAACUUAAUCAAAGCGGUGCAGUGUCUGCUUCGUUGUUAAAACAUGGCGGCAACUCAAUUCUUCAGGAAUGUCAGGACCAGUAUGGAGGUACAAACCUGGCAUUUGGAGAUAUUGCUGUUACCUCUGGUGGGUUACUCAAUUGCCAGUAUAUAUUCCAUGGAGCUUUGCCACAGUGGAAAAGGGAUGGCUCGUCGUUGCAGACACUUAGUAAGUUUAUAAAUAACUGCAUGGUGGCAGCAACACAGCGUGGAUGUACAUCAAUAUCGUUUCCUUCUGUUGGUACUGGAAGGUUAAAUUAUCCACCAGGUGAGGUCGCUAAUGAGAUGUUUAAGGCUGUUGGACAGUAUUUCCAGAAUCCUUUACAGGCAUUCCAAAACAGUACCACUUACCAACAAAAUAUGACACAAAUGUACGGUAUGUUUCAACAUCAGCUACAGCAUGUACCCACAGUCAAUAAAGUGGUUUUUGUACUGUACCACAAAGAUGUCACUACUAUCAAGGCUUUUGAAGAUGAAGAGGCAAGGCGAAAUCCAAAGGCCUCUGUGGAUGGAGAGACAAGGCCAAAACCAAAGCUGAGCACAAGACGGAAAGAUAGACUUUCAUAGUUCAUAUUUUAGAUGCAUUCAUAUAUCUGAAAAUAUAACUGUAGUUUCUAUUCUUUGAAAACGAUUACGAUUACAAGAAUACAUGUUGUUUUUGUAACAAACAUGAAAGUGUAUGAAUAUAACUCUUAUAUUUUAACAUUAUGUAACACAACCUUAAUUUGAAAUAUUUGUUGGCA